CUUUUCUCCCAGCCGCGGGAACCUGGAGUCCAAGAGCUCCUUGAGCGCCUGCGCAGAGGGCAGCAGAGGCGACUGCGAACCGCGGGGUAACCAGGGCGCAUGCGUAACAGGGCUUGACAGCGCGCGGAGGAAAAACCAACAAGAAGGCGGCGGGAGAAGAUGGCGGUUCUGGGGUAGAGUUUGUAAUCUUUCUGACUAGGCUAGUCGAGUAACUAUUCGGGUCAUGGCGUCAAACUCAACUAAGUCUUUCCUGGCAGAUGCCGGCUAUGGCGAACAGGAACUGGAUGCCAACUCUGCCCUUAUGGAGUUGGACAAAGGCCUAAGAUCUGGCAAACUUGGUGAACAGUGCGAAGCAGUUGUUCGCUUUCCCAGACUUUUUCAGAAGUAUCCAUUCCCUAUUCUUAUCAAUUCUGCAUUCCUAAAGUUAGCUGAUGUUUUCAGAGUUGGAAAUAAUUUCCUGAGACUGUGUGUUCUUAAAGUUACCCAACAAAGUGAGAAACAUUUGGAGAAGAUUCUAAACGUGGAUGAAUUUGUGAAGAGAAUUUUUUCUGUGAUUCAUAGUAAUGAUCCCGUGGCAAGAGCCAUCACCCUCAGGAUGUUGGGAAGUCUGGCAUCAAUAAUUCCUGAGAGGAAGAAUGCUCAUCACAGUAUUCGUCAGAGUUUAGAUUCACAUGAUAAUGUAGAAGUUGAAGCUGCUGUUUUUGCUGCUGCAAACUUCUCUGCACAGUCAAAGGAUUUUGCUGUAGGAAUCUGUAACAAAAUCAGUGAAAUGAUUCAAGGUUUAGCAACACCAGUAGACUUGAAGCUAAAAUUGAUACCCAUCCUACAGCACAUGCACCAUGAUGCAAUCUUGGCUUCCAGUGCUCGUCAGCUUUUACAACAGCUGGUCACAUCCUAUCCGUCCACCAAAAUGGUGAUUGUGUCUUUGCACACUUUCACUCUACUUGCAGCUUCAUCUUUAGUUGAUACACCUAAGCAGAUUCAGCUUCUGUUGCAGUAUUUGAAGAAUGAUCCCAGGAAGGCAGUAAAGAGACUUGCUAUUCAAGAUCUGAAAUUACUUGCUAGCAAAACACCACAUACUUGGAGUAGGGAGAAUAUUCAGGCACUUUGUGAGUGUGCCCUCCAGACUCCUUAUGACAGCUUAAAACUAGGAAUGUUGUCUGUCCUUUCCACUCUAUCAGGGACCAUCGCCAUCAAACAUUACUUCAGUACAGUUCCAGGAAAUGUGAGUUCUCCUCCCAGAUCUUCUGAUUUAGUCAAAUUAGCCCAAGAGUGCUGUUACCAUAAUAACAGGGGCAUUGCAGCUCAUGGAGUUAGAGUCCUAACUAAUAUAACUGUUUCUUGUCAAGAAAAAGAUCUUUUGGCACUGGAACAAGACGCUGUCUUUGGCCUGGAAUCCCUACUGGUACUUUGUAGUCAAGAUGAUAGUCCAGGUGCUCAGGCCACUUUAAAGAUUGCUCUAAACUGUAUGGUGAAGUUAGCCAAGGGCAGGCCCCAUCUUAGCCAGUCAGUGGUUGAGACCUUGUUGACUCAGUUGCACAGUGCUCAAGAUGCUGCCCGGAUUUUGAUGUGCCAUUGCCUGGCAGCCAUUGCCAUGCAACUGCCGGUGCUGGGUGAUGGGAUGCUUGGUGACCUCAUGGAGCUGUACAAGGUGAUUGGACGAUCAGCCACAGACAAGCAACAAGAACUUCUGGUGAGUUUGGCUACUGUGAUUUUUGUAGCAAGUCAGAAGGCAUUAUCUGUGGAAAGUAAGGCAGUAAUUAAGCAGCAGCUUGAAAGUGUCUCCAAUGGAUGGACUGUAUACCGUAUUGCCAGACAGGCUUCCAGAAUGGGUAAUCAUGACAUGGCCAAAGAGCUUUAUCAGAGUUUGCUGACUCAGGUGGCCUCAGAACACUUCUACUUCUGGCUAAAUAGUUUGAAGGAGUUUUCACAUGCAGAACAGUGUCUCACUGGGUUGCAAGAGGAAAAUUAUAGUUCAGCACUUUCUUGCAUUGCUGAAUCUUUAAAAUUCUAUCACAAAGGGAUUGCUUCCUUAACAGCAGCUAGUACACCACUGAAUCCUUUAAGUUUUCAAUGUGAAUUUGUAAAACUCAGGAUUGACCUUCUACAAGCCUUCUCUCAACUUAUCUGUACUUGUAAUAGCCUGAAGACAAGCCCUCCACCUGCAAUUGCCACAACAAUUGCCAUGACCUUAGGAAAUGACCUUCAGAGGUGUGGUCGCAUCUCCAAUCAGAUGAAACAGUCCAUGGAAGAAUUUCGAAGCCUUGCUUCUCGAUAUGGGGAUCUUUACCAGGCAUCUUUUGAUGCUGACUCAGCAACUUUAAGGAAUGUUGAACUACAGCAGCAGAGCUGUUUACUGAUAUCUCAUGCAAUAGAAGCCCUGAUUUUGGAUCCAGAAUCAGCAAGUUUCCAGGAAUAUGGAUCUACUGGAACAGCCCAUGCUGAUAGUGAAUAUGAAAGAAGAAUGAUGUCUGUAUAUAAUCAUGUCUUGGAGGAGGUAGAAUCACUCAAUCGGAAGUAUACCCCUGUUUCUUAUAUGCAUACAGCAUGCCUCUGCAAUGCCAUCAUUGCUUUGCUGAAAGUUCCUCUUUCUUUCCAGAGAUAUUUUUUCCAGAAACUACAGUCUACCAGCAUCAAGCUUGCUCUGUCACCAUCGCCCCGGAACCCUGCAGAGCCCAUUGCUGUCCAGAAUAACCAGCAGCUGGCGCUAAAGGUAGAGGGAGUGGUUCAGCACGGAUCUAAACCAGGACUCUUUCGCAAAAUUCAGUCUGUCUGUCUGAAUGUUUCUUCCACACUGCAGAGUAAAUCCGGACAAGACUACAAGAUACCCAUUGACAACAUGACCAAUGAGAUGGAGCAAAGGGUUGAACCUCAUAAUGAUUACUUCAGUACUCAAUUUCUGUUGAACUUUGCUAUCCUUGGAACACACAACAUUACAGUGGAAUCUUCUGUGAAAGAUGCCAAUGGUAUAGUAUGGAAGACUGGUCCCAGAACUACCAUAUUUGUAAAAUCCUUGGAAGACCCUUAUUCCCAGCAAAUUCGCUUACAACAGCAGCAAGCCCAGCAGCCAUUACAGCAGCAGCAGCAGCGCAAUGCCUACACACGAUUUUAACCAUGGAAUGCAUGCAUGGCAGACUUUCAAGAGAUCAAUCAAAUUGCCAGAAGCAGUUUGCUUUUUCAUAUGGAAUAUGUAUGAAAGUUACAGUGUAAUUCAUUUA